GAAUGGAGUCCAUGAAAAAAAGUCUGUUGGCAAAACUAUAAAUUAUCCUUUCUAAAUAGCUGUUUAGAGGAAACACCAGGAAAAGAAGAAAGAAACAAAACAAUGUAAUCUUAGAGGCAAGCAAGCCAAGCAACCUGGCCUAGAAAUGCAUCAACCAUCUUGUUUGAUAUUCGAAGAGCAUCUUCAGUUUUCCCGGCUUUUAGAUAUGCAUCAAUCAUUGUUGUGUAUGUAAAAACAUCAGGAGGCACCAAUCUGUCUGAACACAUUUCUUCAAAAAAGUACUCUGCUUCAAACAAUACCCCUUGCUUGUUAAGCGUUGUGAUAAUGUUUCUUUUCAUCCUCGAAGGCCUUCAAGUCAUCCAUGUUGGAAGAGGGAUCGUACGGUGUAAAUUGACAGUAACGCAUCAUGUUUUGAAUGAAGACGGGACCUUACACACUGCAGCGAUUGGGGUUCUGAUGGAGUUGAUGGGAGCCAUCGCGAUCUACUCGGCUGGAGGAUCCCAUACCUCAGUUGAUCUCAACUAUUCGUUAUACUCGACAGCCAAGAUUCAAGAAGAAAUAAAGAUAGAAGCAAGAGUGGUAGGGAAGAGAUCAGAGAACCUAAACUCAGCAAUAAUUGAGAUUCGAAGAGAAUACGAAGAAGAACUCAUUGCCACAGGUAGACUAUGGAUGAGCCUGUUGAAGACACCAUUUAGCCUAAAUGUCAAACACAAUGGUGUUGAUCAAGUUAGCAAGCUUUAA